AUGGUUAAACCUACGGAACACUGGCUUCAUGCCCGCUACACAGUGCUAGAAGUGCCAUCCUCCCAUACAGUGCGGUUGGGCGUUCCGACCGGAAUUCACCCAGUUUUCCACGUCGACCUAAUUCGGCCUGCAGCCGAUGACCCGCUUCCCUCGCAAAUCGUGGACGAUCCGCAGCCACCACCCCUGGAGAUCGAUGGGGAACUGGAAUACGAUGUGGAAGAAAUCCUAGCGGCCCGUACUAAGAGAGUGGGUCGAGGCUCUAGGAGAGAGGUGCUAGUUCGGUGGACUGGCUACUCGUAA